UUUUUGGACCGUCGUUGCAACUGCUCUGUGACAAUUCGUGACAAGUCACGAUUUAAAUGUUGCGACUGUCUGGUGUCUGGCAACCCCCAGAAUUUGUUUUUGUUUCUGUCGCGCAUUUUUGUUUUUAUUUUAAAUUUUCGUAUUAUCCGGAUUGUAAUGGAUCAAAAUGUCAAGAACAUCGACCUCAGGCUCGACAAUGUAGCUGUUCUGACAACGGGCACUGCGGCGGAGUUCGUGAAUGGCAUUCUAGACUUUCUGCUCUACCAACGCAGCCAGAUUCCCUUCGUGUACAAAAUGUAUAAGCAUUGCAUCGACAAAUGGGAGGACGAGGCGCAGCCAUGCAGCAAGCAGGAGUCAUUUGCCAAUUAUCAGGUCAAGCAGCAGCGCACCAAGGCCAAGGCCACUAGGCAAUCCAUCAGUGACAUGAGAGAGAUCAUUCGGCAAGCUUUCAAGUCCUCGAAAGUGAAGAGCCUACGAUUUCUAUUUGGGUCGAAUACUUUCUUGCCCACGGAAGCCUACACUCUGCACAUCCCCCACGCAUCCAUAGCCCGGCACCAUCACUACGAGAACCAUGCCCUGUCCGAAGACAGCAUAAGGCAGGCACUGCUCCGACUGUUGACCUGCGAAGAGCUCUAUACCAUCUUCUCCACACAGCUGACAGCUACGAAUGUGUUUCUGGAGCUGGAACUGCUGACAGCCAACGAGCCUGGAGUGCACCAGCAACACACAAGUCUCGUUCCAAAAGCCAUCCCGAGUCAAUUGCCGCGCUGCUGCAAAAAUGUGCACUUGCACCUCUUGUAUGCCAGUGAUAAUCCACCGGCCGCACUGCGAUGCUGCCAGGAGUUGGCCAUUUACCGAGAUCUGGGUCUAAUGCAUUUGGACAGCACCGAAAAAGACUGCAGUAAGCAGCUGGAAUGUGGCGAAACGACUGAGGAGAGUGGCGGCUGGUGGCAGUCGGAUGUAAUAGUGCGUGGCUUCAAGGUGCCACCCAACCAGAAGUCGUGCGAUUUGUGGACCAGCUAACAUUUGCUGUACUCACAUUUCGUCCCCCAUUAUGCAUGUUAAGAAUAAAGUCGCAAAUCAUUUUAUUUUA